AUGUCCAACCUAUUAAACAAAUUUACUGAAAAAUUGCACGGCAACGACGAUGAGAACCAACAACAACAACAAGGUCGUCAAGGUCGUCAAACCCGUCAACAAAGACAACAACAGCAACAAGGCUUCAACCAGGAUGAUUCCAUGCAAUCCGGUCAAGGCUAUCAAUCCGGUCAAGGCUACCAAUCUGGUCGAGGCUAUCAGUCCGGUCAAACCUACCAGUCCGGUCAGGACUAUCCAUCCAGUGGCCAAGCUUACCAGAGUGGUACUACUCAACCAGGUUCUUGGGGCAUGAACGAUGAUGCUCAAGAUUUUGGUAACCAACAAUUUGGCAGUCAACAACAAGGUGGCAUGGGAGGUUACGACAAGGACACAUAUGGCACACAACAACAACCAAGUGGUGCUGGUUUCAACCAAGGCAACACUGGUAUGGGUUAUGAACAAGAUGAUGAAGACCAAUUUAUCUCGUCAGGUCAACAAAGAUCUAAGAGAACUGGAAGAGGUCAAAGAAAUGCUAAUGUGAAUGAAGAUAGGGACUUAGACUGGUAG